AUUAUUUUGGACUGUGAACUACUUCUACUCACCUGUCCCGUGUUGUUUCUCACCGAGUUGGUGCGUUUACCCAUCACCCGACGAUGUCCGGCCUCCCGACUGGCUAUUCAUCAACUUCUGAAACAACUGGCUUACUGUCUCACAGUUACUAUCGAUACAGAAUCCAUCCGAGCUGGGAGCUGCAAACGUCCUGAUACCAACCUUUUCUUGUCUCUGUUGCUUUGCGAACUGACACGUAAGCGAACCUCAGCCAAGGCUACGGAAUCCCAUUCACAAGGUUCGCUUCUCUCAGAUCUUGAUUGGGACACGUUGGAGGAGGCGUUUUGGGAGUAUGAGGAUAUAGAGAUUGCGAAUGAAAACAAAACCCGCAAGUCAGCUAGAACAACCACUGUAGAAGAAGUUGCGGGCACUAUCAGGCCUCCACCGUCACCUGUCCCGCUUACCGAACCUGUCCUCACUACAGUUAUCUGUCUGUUCGAAUUGGUACCUACUGGAAUAGUCUCUCUGUUCGAUUGCUUAAACGACCUACUGAGAGAACCCAAUUCGAACACAUUGGAACGGACGGUGCAUACCGAACGAAUUGUUCAUAUUUUAUUUCUCGCUUUGGCCGUUUGGUCCAAAUCGGCAUCCAGCGAGGAAUGUUCCACAGUACUGGAGCCCGUUAUUCGCCUAUUCCCUAUUCUCGUUUCUAUCGAUUCGGAUCGGAAGUGCUUGCCCAAUCGUCUGGACACCACCGGACUCCUGUUCGGUGUGAUGUAUCAACUGCUUCAACGCACAGGCUCACUGCCGUCGAUCGGAUCCACCCUAACUGACAGCUUACUUCAAAUCGACGAAACAUUGCACUCCAAAGCUGCGUCUGGAUUCAAACACUUCUCCGAUUGGGUUUCAUGGUCUCUUCUUAGGCGGUCAAUACAAAAUUACGCACCGACUAGAAUUGUGAAAUGGGAAAGUGAAGUGAUCGUAGGACACUUGAAGCGGUUGUUAGAGUGGGAUGUUAUUCUUGAGAGUGUGAAUGAUGAUCUCGAUUUAACCAUUCUCAUAGUUUCACACUUGCCGCGUAAAAAGUUCCAAGACGGUUUGAUUUAA